CCUUCCUCGUUCAGCCAGUAAUGGCGGUCGGCUAAGUGCAUGUCUUUGGAGGUGGGAGGAAGCCGGAGUACCCAGAGGGAACCCACGCAGAACAUGCAUACUCCACACAGAAUGACCCAGAGCCUGGGGAUCGAAUCCAGGACUUUCUUAUUGUGAAGCAUCAAGUGAGCCACCGUGCUCCCAAGUAGGGAUGUAACAAUGGUGACGUCAAACUGAUGACAGCGGUGAGGAGAUCGUGACAAUUCCGAGGUUUCGUGGAGGCGUCACUCACAAACCAGGAAAAGUGGGCGGUCCUGCUGGCUGAGCUCUUCCGGCCGAGGAGGCGUAGGUGGGCGUAGGAUUAUCCCAAAUAAUCACUCAUGCAAUCACGAAGGUACUGACUGCUUCAACGCACCUCAAGAGGACAACAUUUUGGAAUCUAAAAUCAAUCAAAAUCAAAUCAAUCGGGACGUUAAUUUUUAUGUCGUACGAGUCCAGAUGACUGCAAUCGUCCUGCAGUUUCUUUCAAGUGAAAUAGGAAAUUCCCUGUCUAUAAUGUGACAGCUGUCAUCGCGUUUGCGCUACUUCGGAGAAAUACUCGCCUCAAUCACGUCGGCGAACACAUGACAUGGCGACUUUUUACUUUGCUUUAACUUUUAUUCUGGUGGCGGCGUUUUGGAGCGUCGACGGCGAACCCCGGACAUUGUCUUCUCCCGCCACGCCGUUAAACGCAACAUCAUCAGCACCCGUCAUCCACAAGGACGACCGGAGCGACAACGACAAUGCCACCGACGCAGCCGUCGGAACCCGAAUUUCGACACUCAUGACGCAUCUGCCCACUCUCAAAGUGGUCGUCAUUCUCACCUGCGUGUUGACAGCUGCUCUCAUCACCUGCCUGCUCGUCAAAGUGGUCAGAUCUGGGAGAAGAAUCCGGAAAACCCGAAAGUAUGACAUUAUCACGACACCAGCUGAGAGAGUAGAGAUGGCCCCGCUCAACGACGAGAAUGACGACGAAGACGAUUCCACUCUAUUUGAUGUCAAUUACAGGUGAAUCCACCAUGGACCAAUAUUUGUCUACCUGGAUCAACUAAAUGGACGUCAGCUUAUUAUUUUAUGUCCACCAAGUCUUCCCAGGGACAUUAGCCAGCAUUUAUCAACCACAGUAGUUUCCUAAGUAGCUUCCUCAAAUGCCACUCGCCUGUCAGGCUGAUUGGGGAUGAAUCACUACAAAACGUAGAACUUCUUGUUGUCGACUUGUACUCGAUGGGUGUUCUUUUUAAUAGAGCCACUGCAGGGUAUCCCAUGCAAGAAUUGUGCAAGCCCUUAAUUUUAACUUUCAUACCAAAUGAUGUCUACUAACAAGUAUUUUGUGAAUAUAUACUGUGUAAGGCUCUCUGUUACAAUAGAUGGGGUCGGCCUAUAUUUUUUUACUAUGCGUUUAUAUAUUUCUAAAUUUCUGUCACGUCGACUGCAGCUUACAUGUUUAAAAAAAAGAAGCUAUAAUUGGGUAUUUAUUCAUCUGUUUGCUAUGAAAGUGAUUUAUCCUAUUUAAGGAAUCUUAUGACAACACAAAGACGUCAUGUCUUGUUUGAUUUUAAACACUGAACAUUGUCACAACAGUUGGUCAUUUUAAUGUAAGGGUGGUUCGUGUAAGGAAAGGAUAGGAUACUUUAUUUAUUGCAGAGGGACAAGCGGUGGGAAAUGGAUGGACAGCGGAGAUACAAAACUCCACAAAAAUAAGAGGGGAACAAAGGAAAUACAAGACCUUAAAAGCCAAGAGCUGAUGCAACCAGCAGCCACUUCAGCGGCGCCAUUUAUACAUACAGCUACAAAAGUAAAACGCAAGGUUAAGUAAUGUGCUUGUUUUGAGCAUUAAUGAGGCCCAUUGUCUCAACCAUAAAGCACACACUAGAUGUGUUUCCCACAACAACCAACCAAAAUUAAGAGUUACGUUUAAAAAAAAAAAAAAAAAGAGGUACAAUAAACCGGGAGCUUAGGUUUUGCAAAGAUCUUUUAAUAAUGAAUAUGUUUUUGUUUUCAUUCAAACUAUCACUCGCAUUGUUCCUGUAUAUAUCCAACUCCAAAUGCAUCAUCACUGCAGUAGUUUUAUUUUCAGUUUUGAACAUACAUACAGGAUAGAAUGUGAAAGUUUGUGAAUGGUGUUUAACAUUCUUUGUUGGUAUAUGAUAUGAUGCAUUUGAUAACAGCGUACACAGUUCCUGUUCAUUCCAGUAUUGUAUCAUAGUAAAAUGUAUCUUUUAUUGUACAUGCAGAUAACCCUGUUCUGGUGAAACUGUGGAAAAAACCCUGUUCAUCUAGUGAAAUCUAUUCUGUAAUUCUAUUUGAACACGAUCAUCUGUGUGCCUAUGUUUAAUUUCUCUAGUAAAAUAUUUUCCUUAUAAUUAUGUGAGUUAUUUGAAUAGUGCAGCCAAUUUCCUUAAGGCUGUUCAUGAUAAAAGUAUGGAGGUUAACUUGUGAAAGCUUUUUUGGUCACUGAAUUUAUAUAACUGAAGAUGUUUGCGUUUGAAUUUUGCGAUCUGAAUUUUUUACAUCAAAUUAUGCCGACAAUUGCAUUGAAUAAAAAACUAAGUCAAAUUUGUGUGUUUAAAAAAUCUGUUAAAAUUUAGUGUGUAAAAUAAAAAAAUUGUGCACUAAAAUUCAUUGCAACUCAAGACCCACUUCCGGUAAAUUAAGACCGAAGCGAUCGAUCUUGUCUUAGGGCCAGCCAAUGAAGCCUUAAGUUUUAAGUCACAUGAGAUGGGUCUCAAUUUUUAUACUGAAUUUUAAAACACUGUAUUUUGACAAAUUGAAUUUUUAAACACACAUUUGUAUUUAAUGAAACAGUUCGCAUAAAUUGUUGUCAAAAAAAUUCAGUCCACAAAAUUAAAACGCAAAAAAUUAAGUUACAUAAAUUCAGUGUAAAAAAAAAAAAGCUUUUGUAAUGAAGACACAAACUAACCUCCAUACAGAAUACUUUGAAAUGUAUUUGUGCUUGAUUUCCAAUAGUUUCCCACGUGCAGCCACAAAGGUCUCUUCAGUUUCCAUGUUUCUGAAAAUAAUAAAAAGCUUUUUGCUUUAA